UAUUCCCUUAUUUGCUUCCGUCAUCAAAUUACUAGUGCCCUCUCGUUUUCCUUCAAUGUAUAAAAAACAAUUUUAACUGAUAAGUUGUUAUUGCGUGAAAUAAGCCGGUAUCAAUCAAAAACUUUAUCAAUAACAUACGCAAGAGUACUAUGUAUGCACGUAUAUAGUGUCCGCAUAAGCCCAUUCGAUUUGAUACCACUCUAUCGUAGUUAAUAAAAAUUGUAUGCGUGGCUUGUGUAUGUACGUGCCGAUACUCCUACUAAUUGAUAUCUUCAGAUUUCAGAUGCUACCACGUACAAUGUUGCCGAAACUUUGUAUUCUUAUACUGUGUUCAGUACUAACAGCGGGCAGCAAAUACGAGGAAAGUGGGUCGUGCCAUUCCUUUGCAGGUGGCUCUGUUUAUCCUUCUGAAGGACCUCGUGGCGACCACAAGCUGCAAACCACUAAAGCCGUCAUAUCCAAAUCAGCUCCAACGUUUGAAGGUACCGCUGUUGUCAAAGGGGAAUUUGUCAAAUUAUCCCUUUCCCAAUAUCAUGGAAAAUAUUUAGUACUCCUUUUUUAUCCACUUGACUUCACCUUUGUGUGUCCCACCGAAAUUAUAGCGUUCUCCGACCGCAUCGAAGAAUUCCGCAAGAUAAAUGCAGAAGUCGUGGCAAUCAGUGUAGAUUCGCAUUUUACCCAUUUAGCUUGGAUUAACACACCACGAAAGGAGGGUGGUCUUGGAUAUGUAAAAAUUCCAUUGCUUUCUGAUUUGACACAUAAGAUUAGCAGGGAUUAUGGAGUUUAUUUGGAAGACUUGGGUCAUACACUACGUGGUCUAUUUAUCAUUGAUCAUCGUGGUAUUUUGCGACAAAUAACUAUGAAUGACUUGCCGGUGGGACGUUCAGUAGAUGAGACGAUUCGUUUAGUGCAAGCAUUCCAAUAUACCGACACACAUGGAGAAGUUUGUCCAGCUGGCUGGAAACCCGGCGCAGAGACAAUUGUACCAAAUCCCAAAGAGAAAACAAAAUAUUUUGAGAAGAUUAAUAAAAUUCCAUAAUUUCGCCGCACUUUACUUCCAAAAUUUAUAUUUUGAUAUCAAAAUAAAUAUGUUUCCAAUUUUAA